AGACACUCAAAUAAAAUGUUCUCUCAUUCAUUUAGAUAAACAGUGUUAGUGUGAUAGUGUCCAAGGAUCCACUGAACCAAGUAUUGCAUAAACCCGUGGAACACAAAGUCUCUGUUUACUUAGGUCCAUGAUACUGAAUUAUUUAAUAUUUUUGUUUUAUUCAUAAGCAUACACACUUUAGUGACAUGUUUUUGCAGAGGAGGAGCUAGCUUGUGAGGUGAAAAGGGAGGAAGAGAUAAUUGAAACUGAGGAACAGAGAUCAGAUAGAAACAGAAGGUGCUGAGAAGAAAAGACUGGAUAUCUGAAAGAUUGUAGCAGCUUGAAGAGACAAAGAUGAAUCCAAGCCAGCAAUACACAACUUGAAACAGCUUCCAAUAAAUGAAGUACAAGUCUUGGGCUUGGAUGGAUGUAGAAGUGGAGAGGGGCUCCCUUGCUGCUGUUACUCCUGCUUACAAAGAGUGGGGGGGAAAGGGUGUGAAGAAUACAGGAGGAUCUCCAGGAAAUGCUGCGAAUAGAAGCUGUCAAGUUUUCAUCGUGAGAUACUGAGAACAACAGCCUUGCUGUGUGUAUAGGAAUACAAAUCACUGCCAGCAAAGAAAAUGACCUGGGCCUAAGCAACUGGGAGGACACCAAGAGAGGGAGCAAAGAAUUAUACAACAGCAGUGCUGCAAAAGGUAGCCAGGUGAUCUUAAAGAGCAACAGAAGUACAAGCUUAAAACCUACGACUGCAUACGCAUUCCAUGAGUGAGGAUGAGUCUGGUCACGCUCCCACCGGUUUUGCACACACUAGGUUAUGGGCAAGUCAGAAAGCCAGAUGGAUAUAACUGAAAUGAAUACUCCAAAACCAAAGAAGAAACUGCGAUGGAGUGGCCUGGAAAUCGGGCUCACUGUUGUAGUGAUCCUGCUAGCUAUUGUAGCAAUCACAAUGAUAGUUCUGUAUGCAACUUAUGAUGAUGGGGUUUGCAAGACACCAGACUGUAUAAAAUCAGCAGCCCGAAUCAUUGAGAACAUGGACACAACUGCAGAGCCUUGUAAUGAUUUUUACCAAUAUGCCUGUGGAGGAUGGCUUAAGAAGAACGUCAUUCCAGAAACCAGCUCCCGUUAUAGUAACUUUGACAUUUUAAGAGAUGAACUAGAAGUUGUUUUAAAAGAUGUCCUCGACACACCAAGAAGUAAUGAUAUAACAGCAGUGCAGAAGGCAAAAACUCUGUACAGUUCGUGCAUAAAUGAAACUACCAUUGAUAGCAGGGGUGGAAUGCCUUUAAUCAGACUACUGCCAAAUGUAUCCGACUGGCCUGUAGCAACCAAUAACUGGGAGUCUUCCUAUGGUGCUGCUUGGACAGCUGAGACAGCUAUUGCAGAGCUGAACUCCAGAUAUGGGAAAAAGGUCCUUAUUAAUUUUUUUGUUGGCACGGAUGAUAAAAAUUCCACAACACAUAUCAUUCACAUCGAUCAGCCUGGCCUCGGCCUGCCUUCUCGUGACUACUAUGAAUGCACUGGUGCAUACAAAGAGGCGUGUUCUGCCUAUGUUGAUUUCAUGAUUUCUGUAGCUAAACUAAUCCUACAAGAAAGAAAUAUUUCUGUCAAUGAGACCCGGAUUUCUGAAGAAAUGAAAAGAGUUAUGGACCUGGAGAAAGAGAUUGCUAAUGCAACAACAAAAUCUGAAGACAGAAACGAUCCGCUUCUGCUGUAUAAUAAAAUGACACUGGCACAGCUCCAAAACAACUUUUCACUGGAAAUCAAUCAUAAGGUAUUCAACUGGUCAAAAUUCAUAAAUAAUAUAAUGUCAACUGUACAAAUUAAUGUUGAGAAUACAGAACAUGUGGUUGUUUAUGAUCCAGAAUACCUUACCAAGCUGAAGUCUAUUCUUAAUAAGUAUACUCCCAGAGAACUUCAAAAUUACAUGAUCUGGCGAUUUGUAAUGGAUCUGGUAAACAGCCUAAGCCGUAACUACAAAGACACAAGGAAUGCUUUCCGUAAGGCACUUUAUGGCACAACAUCAGAAACUGCUGUUUGGCGGCGCUGUGCAAACUAUGUCAAUGGCAACAUGGAAAAUGCAGUGGGACGGUUAUACGUAGAGGAAGCAUUUGCUGGAGACAGUAAACAUGUGGUUGAGGAAAUGAUUGCAGAUAUACGUGAUGUUUUUAUAAAAACCUUAGAUGAACUCACAUGGAUGGAUCUAGAAACCAAAAAGAAGGCAGAGCAAAAAGCAACAGCAAUUAGAGAGAGGAUCGGUUAUCCAGAUGAGAUCAUGACUGAUGACAAUAAGCUGAAUAGUGAGUACCAGGAGUUGAACUUCAAAGAAGAAGAAUACUUUGAAAACAUUAUUCAAAAUUUAGUAUUUACCCAGAAGAAAAGACUGAAAAAGCUCAGAGAGAAGGUGGACAAAGAGGAGUGGAUAAGUGGAGCUGCUGUUGUCAAUGCUUUUUAUUCUGCAAGUAGGAAUCAGAUAGUCUUUCCUGCUGGCAUUUUACAGCCCCCCUUCUUCAGUGCAUCUCAGCCCAGAUCUCUGAAUUACGGUGGCAUAGGCAUGGUCAUCGGUCAUGAAAUCACACAUGGUUUUGAUGACAAUGGCAGAAAUUUUAAUGAGAACGGAGACCUCAUAGACUGGUGGACUGAAGAAUCAGCACGCAAUUUUAAGGAUUUAUCCCAGUGCAUGGUGUACCAGUAUGGAAACUUUUCAUGGGACCUCGCAGGGGGACAGCAGCUGAGUGGAAUCAACACCCUAGGAGAAAACAUUGCUGAUAACGGAGGUGUUAGACAAGCAUAUAAGGCCUAUGAAAAUUAUGUGAAAAAGAAUGGGAAAGAGAAACUUCUUCCUGGUCUCGACAUGAACCAUCAGCAACUGUUUUUUCUGAAUUUCGCACAGGUAUGGUGUGGAACAUACAGACCAGAAUAUGCUGUGAACUCCAUCAAAACUGACGUGCACAGCCCAGGCAAAUUCAGGGUCAUAGGAUCAUUGCAAAACUCUCCGGAGUUUUCCAAAGCCUUUUCAUGUACCACGAAAAACUACAUGGAUCCUGCUAAAAAAUGCCGAGUUUGGUAAUGGAGCUGCAAGCCUUGCAUCUCAAGAAGCUUUCCAGAAGAAGAGAAAUUUUGAACUACUUUUUAGAAGGGGAGGAGGGAAGAAAACCGAGGGAAACAUUCUACAAAAGUCACUGUAAUUCUUAGCAAACAGACAAACAUAAAACAAUCACACACCAAAUCAACCUCUUUCUCAAAUGAAGGACUAACACCAACGCAGCAGUUAGCUGUUCUAGCUGAUCAGCUGCUUUUCCUAUCACUGAACCCUGCAGAUUCUAAAUCACUUGACAGCACACAGUAACAUUUCACUCGUAGUUAAUCCUGUUGCCCCCGGGUCGCUGGCACUUUGGAUUUUUUUAUUUUUUAUUUUUAUUUUUUGAAAUGUCAAAGUACGGUGCAUUAUCUCCCACUGGUUGGUGAAUGCAUAGUUGUGAUCGAGCAGAGGAAGAAAAUAUUAAGUAACACAUGGUUUUAGACAUCAUAAUGUGAUAAUGAGACAACAGUUGGUAUCCUGUGUCAGACUUUGAACCCUCUGCUGUUACGAUAAAUCUGUUCUACCAAAUGCUUUCAUUUCUACUUGAAACCAUUUAUACAAGAGGAGUCCAAAGACCUGCUGUAAUUAACUUCUCACUAAUUAUGCCAGUGUGUAUUAUUUGAACUCACUAUUUACAACAGUUUAUUUAGUACUUUCCAGCCAAACUGAAACUGUAGGUAAUUUAUUAAUUUUUGAACAUGUAAUCUGUAAGAUUGCGAUCUAAGACCCUUUCACGGUUUUCUAAGCUUUUUCUUGUUUUCUCUAAAGUCAGUCUUUUUAAAGGUUUCUAGCAAUGUACAAACCAUAGUUUUUAUAUUUAAAUCUGAGCUACACUUUUGACUUGAAGUAUUGUAAUAUAUUUUAUCAGCAUCUGCAUAGAACUGGGAAAUUUGAUUAAAGCAUGGUGUUAGGCAAUAAGAUACAGUCUACAAAACAGAGCUCUUCAACGGAGUACACCAGCAAGUGUACCAUCAAGUACAGUUUUCAGGCUAACUUUCUCAGUGUUUAGGGUUUUGAUCCUGCACAUAAUUUGUUCGUGUUCUGAUCAACGUCAGUCCUCACAUCAGUGAAGCUGCUUGCAAGAACGGAGCUUUAAGUAAGAAGGUAAUAGGCUUUAAAUCUGCAGUGAUACCUGUUGGACAACCUCAUGCAGAUUGCAAAGGAACUUACUGCUUUGUAUACCAAAGCAAACAGAUUUCCAAAAAUAAGUAGCAGAUACCUCGGACGACUGCUACAAUAGGUACAUUUAAAACCUACGUUCCUUUUAGCUUUUUGGGUUUGUCAUCUGAUAAAACAUUUUGAUAAUAAACUGAAAUUAUGAGCCAAA